GGUGUUUGUUAACUCUCACUUACUGUUUGUAGUAGUAAAGUAGUAUAAUGAAACUAGAAAAAAAAUUCGUGUAUAGUACUUACCCUGAAAUUCAUGGCAAGAAGUGGAAGCAAAAUGCGAAUGGUCAAUGCGAAACAAAUACUAUACUAUAUAUAUUCCCUUGUGUCCAGCAAGUAACAUGAUUAUCAAACAGGGUUACAAUGAACCAUUUCUUGAGAUUGCCGGAGGGCUGCCUAUCGGCAAUCCUUUCCUUGACGACUCCAGCAGAUGCAGCAAGAUCAUCAGCUGUAUCGAAGGGAUUCAAGUCAGCUACUGAAUCAGAUGUUGUUUGGGAGAGAUUUCUUCAUCAAGAUUUAGUAAUCCCCAGGUCAACGUCUCUUCCCAUUUGCGCCACAAAGAAGGAGCUUUUCGUUACUCUCUUAUGUCACUCACAUAUCCUCCUCGAUGGAGGCAAAUUGAGUCUUUUACUUGAUAGGUGGAGUGGAAAGAAAUGUUUCAUGGUGGCAUCAAGGGAACUUAGCAUUGCAUUUGUUGACAACCCACGUCAUUGGGAAUGGACUACUCAUCCGGACUCCAGAUUCUCGGAAGUGGCAAUUCUUAAAUGUACACAUUGGUUGGAUAUUCGAGGGAAGAUAGAAACUCAAAUGCUGUCUCCAGGGACAAACUACGCAGCGUAUCUUGUAUUCAAGCUACUGAAUGACACAUAUGGUAUUAAAACGUUGAAUGCAAUGAUCAGAAUUGUGAAUCAUGAGAAUGAAAAUGAAGCUGCAAAACGAGCUACAAAAGUGUACAUGCCAAGUAUGUCAAGAUUCUUUAUUAAAAAUAAAACGGACCCACUGUAUGAAAAGUAUGCAAAGAAAAGAGGCAAUGGAUGGAUGGAAGUACAAUUGGGAGAGUUUUAUAACAAGGAAGGUGAUGAUGAAGAAGUAGAAGCGCGAUGUAUGGAGAUUGAGCGCCUGCAUGACAAAAGCGGCCUUAUUGUUGAAGGAAUUGAGUUUCGCCCCCAAUGAUGAAUCUAAAUAUAACUCUUGUUUUAAUUUCUUUUUGUAGCUUGAUUGUUUGUUGCAUGUACCAAAUUGAAUGUGAAUCAUUGAAAACAUCUCCUUUCUGCUGUAA